AUGCUCCGGUGGCUCGUUCGUGUGGCAGGAUGCUGCUACUGCCUGCGAGUAGCCUCCGGUGCAGCCAUAGAGGGUGAAGCCACGGUUGACGAGGAUGUGUGCUCGGUGAUGCAAACCCGCCAGCCCCAGCAGGGCGAGCCCGGGGUUCCAAGGAGCUCCGGGACCUCGAAGGCGGAGACCGCAGCCAUCAAAGCAGAAGCUCUGGACAGGCUGGUCGCAAGGACAGACAAUAGCUCAGCCUUCAGCGAGAAGGCAGACGGAUCUGAACACGUCGAAGGUUCAGUUCGUCAGCACGUGAGGAAGUUCCAGGACUGGUUCAACAGCAGACCGCCGGAGGUACAGGUCCUUCUGAAAGCUGUGUGCCUCUCGUGGGUGAUUGCUGUCAGCUUGGGUCUGCUUGGCCUCGCGUGCGGAGUCUUGAGAUUUCACUCGCCAAGCAAGUACAUCUCCUGGAAGGUCCUGGCAGAGAGGGAGGCUGGUGGAGGAUUCCUGUCGAUCCCGCUCAACAUAUUCUUGACCAUAGCGAGUAUCCCAAACAGCAUCAUGCACCUCAGUACCGAGUCGCGACGCUCAAUGGCUGCCAUCCUCGUCUUCUUCGCCAUCCUCUUCGCCAUCAUGUGGCACGCGCAGCUGAUCCAGCCUGUUGUGGAUGAGCUAGCUUCCUACCUCUUCGUGUUCGCAUUGGUGGGCGCGGUGUGCGUCGUGAUCCUUGUGGACAUGUGGCGCCGCGUGCAUGCAAGCCUCAGUGGCUCGUUCGCAGGCUUGAGGAGGAUGCAGCAGCAGUUCGCCCACUUCCAGCAGCGCUUCGGCUUAGGAGAGCCGCACGAGGAGACCGGGUCCCUCUACAGCGCGGCCUCUGUCAGGUAA